CUCAGAGUGAUUGUUAUGUACUUGCGUGACCGGCUUUUAAUACAAACAACUAACCUGAACUAACCAAUAAUCAUAACUGUUUGAUAAAUAAUAACUUGGAACUUUAAAUAUUUUAAUUAUUUAAUUAAUUUUAUCUGAGUUGAUCUUGUAAACAUGUAUUCACUCGCUCAUAAAACCGAAAAUGCACAUGAAGAUAGUAUUUGGAGUUGUGCUUGGGGUCGGCCAAAAAAGAAAACCGAUACUCAGCCAGACAACGAAGAUUCACAAGAUUCAAUUCGAUCAUCCUCUGACGACGCUGAAUACAUUGUCACUGGCUCAGUAGAUGACUUGGUAAAAGUUUGGGAACAAAAGAACGGCAGUCUAAAAUUAAAACACAAGUUAUCAGGACAUUCACUUGGAGUUGUAUCUGUCGCAAUAAGUUCCGAUGGCACAAAAUGUGCAUCAAGUUCCUUGGACUCAAGCUUGAGACUGUGGGAUUUAGAGUCUGGUGAGAGAAUCUCGAGUAUUGAAGUCGGCCCGGUUGAUAUUUGGACUGUUGUAUUUUCUCCUGACGACAAAUUUAUAGUUUCUGGAAGUCAUGCAGGCAAAAUUCACUUGUAUGGAACUGAAAGUGGUAAACAAGAACAAUCAUUGGACACCAGAGGAGGAAAGUUUACUUUGAGUGUAGCUUAUAGUCCUGAUGGAAAGUAUAUUGCCAGCGGUGCUAUUGAUGGAAUAAUCAAUAUAUUCGAUGUAGCAUAUGGAAAAGUCUUGAGAACAUUGGAAGGUCAUGCUAUGCCUAUUCGAUCACUCUGCUUUUCUCCGGAUUCACAAUUACUUUUAACAGCUUCUGACGACGGACAUAUGAAGCUUUAUGAUGUAAAAGACGCAAAUGUUGCUGGAACAUUGUCAGGUCAUGCAUCGUGGGUUCUCGGAGUAGCUUUUGGUCCGGAUGGUCAAAAAUUUGCUUCAAGCAGUUCUGAUCAUACUGUUAAAAUUUGGGAAUUAGCACAAAGACAGUGCUUACACACUUUCAAUGAUCACAAUGAUCAAGUUUGGGCAGUAAAAUAUCAUCCUGAAAAAAAUAAUUUACUCGUUUCAGUCUCAGAAGACAAAUCCAUUAAUUUGUAUGAAUGUCCACAGUGAUGAAAAAAUAUUAUUAUUAUAUAAUACCUAAAAUGUAAAUUACAUUAAAAACUUAUUCUUACAUACUA